UCCCCCCGUCCCUCCGGGUAGCCCAGCUGACGCCAGCCGCAGCGGCCACACAGCGUGUACCCGCGCAUCCAGAGUGCCGCGGCCACACCAUGUUGGGCAUGAUCAAGAACUCGCUGUUUGGGAGCGUAGAGACUUGGCCUUGGCAGAUCCUGAGCAAAGGGGACAAGGGAGAGGUCUCCUAUGAGGAGAGGGCCUGUGAAGGUGGGAAGUUUGCCACAGUGGAAGUGACUGAUAAGCCUGUGGAUGAGGCUCUACGGGAAGCAAUGCCCAAAGUCAUGAAGUACGUCGGAGGCACCAAUGACAAGGGAAUCGGGAUGGGGAUGACAGUUCCUAUUUCCUUUGCCGUGUUCCCCAGUGCCGAUGGGUCCCUACAGAAGAAAUUAAAAGUCUGGUUCCGGAUUCCAAAUGAGUUUCAAAGCAACCCACCAGCUCCCAGCGAUGACAGCAUUAAGAUCGAAGACAGGGAAGGCAUCACUGUCUAUUCCACCCCUGAGGCACAGGACCGAUGGCACUACUUCCCCCUGCUGUUUGGCUCUGGCUGUGGGCCUCGCCUGACUCUGCCCGAGGCAUGUCCGAGGUCUGGGACCAAGCCCAAGAUAGUAAUAAAGCAGUUUGGCGGUUAUGCCAAGGCAACUGACUACGUAGCUCGUGCCGCCCAGCUGCGCACCACCCUGGAGGGUACAGCCACCUGCCGGAGUGACUUCUACUUCUGCACUGGGUAUGACCCUCCCAUGAAGCCCUACGGACGCCGCAACGAGGUCUGGCUGGUGAAGAGCAAUGAAUAACUGGCUGAACCAGAGCUCCCUGGAUGCUUGCGUCUGUGCCCACUUCCUCCAGGAGGAAAUGAAGUUCCCUGUGCAGCUCCAGCAGGGCCGACUUUCCUUCAGAGCCAAUCAGUCACUGCCAAUUUCCUGAAAUAAGCACGUUCCAGAUCCUGAGGCUCUUGUUCUCGUGGAGGGAAAUAAGGCACCCACGAUACAUAUGCGUCCUUCUAAAUGACUUGGAAAAUUCCGUGGUAGACCAGAAAAACCCGGCAGCAUUUUCCCAGCUCUCUGGAUCCCUAAAAACUGAUUUUUAAAAAUUAUUGAAACCGUAUUUUUGUUAUUGAGGAAGAAGUGUGAUUUACGUGUGAUCUUUCAUCUCUGAUUCUUAUAAGAGCUUUCUUUAAAAAGAAACUGGAAAUAAAGAUCUUUGACUUAAACAGCU